AGUGUGAGCGUCCCUGGGACUUCCUCCCGGAAAUGACGUACAGACAUCGAAACUGCAUAUUUGAGUUUUCCCUUCUCCUGGACACGUAGGCACAAGCUGAAGCGUACUGGAACGUGUUUACCAGAGAUUAAAUAAUUUAGCAACACCAUGGCCACAAUGGCUACUUCUCCACCUUUACGUGGGACAGGUGAUGGCAUGGAAACUCUGGAGCCUUUAAAAUCGGUAGAAGUAAUCACACAACACAGCAAAGUAGUUCACAGCCCAAAGAGAAAAACUUCCCAUUCACAGUCAAUAAGUCCCGGUGUCCUUCAGCUAGGGAAAAUUCACCCUGACAAAUCAGUGGAAAUAGAAGCAGUCAGGAUUGUGGUCCCCAAGGCUGCAAUAACACACACAUUGAUGACUAAACAUGCUAAAUCACAGGAAUCAAAUGGACACAGUAAAGUAGACACUGCUGACUGUGUGAUUGACCCAUGGAAACAGUUAUCUGAAAUGAAGAGUGCUUUGGAAAAACUGAAAAACUCUGAGAAACGCUUGCUUCAAGAUAAAGAAGGUCUUUCUAACCAGCUGAAAGUGCAGACAGAGGUUAAUCGGGAAUUAAAAAAGUUGCUGGUGGCAUCUGUUGGUGACGACUUAGAAUAUCACUUUGAGCGCACAGCUCGAGAGAAGAACCAACUUAUUCUGGAAAAUGAGGCUCUAGCACGAAAUACAGCUCAACUGUCAGAACAACUGGAGCGCAUGUCCAUUCAGUGUGAUGUUUGGAGAAGUAAAUUCCUUGCUAGCCGAGUCAUGGCAGAUGAAUUAACUAACAUCAGGGCAAAUCUGCAACGGCAGAACAGAGAGGCUCAGAGUGCCCUGCAGGACUUGUUAAGUGAAAGAGAGCAAUUUCGGCAAGAAAUGUCUGAAACCAAAAAGGUAUUAGAAGAACUUCUGAUCUCCCUACAGUGGGGAAGACAACAGACCUAUUACCCCAUUACCCAGCCCUACACCACCACGGAACUGGUCGCAGCAAACCAGAAGCUGGCAGUUGCGGUGAAGUCUCACCUUAUUGGGAAUACUGGAUCGGAGUGCGCCAAACACACCUCACAGGCAGUGGAGUUUUGCAACACUCCUGCAGAAAAAAUGGCAGAAAUGAUCCUGAAAUCUCAGGACCCUACAUUAUGUACAGAGACGUCUGCUGAUAUUUCUUUCUCAGAGUCCUCAUCGCCAUCCUUCCUGGCAGCAAAGAAAAGCAUUGGACGUUUUCAUCCAUACACUCGAUACGAGAACAUCACUUUCAAUUGUUGCAAUCACUGCCAUGGGGAACUGAUGGCCCUAUAGGAAGACUUGAGAUGAACUCUCUGGCCAAUAGCAGUGUCUGCAGUGAAGUGCACAUUUUAAGAGCAAUAAUUUCUGCACUUGGUCAUCUGGACUUGAAAUAACAAAGACUUUGUGUUCCUCGGCUUAGCUCUUACCUGACCUCAUGCAAUAAAACUUUUAUAGGAAGACAAAAAUAUUGCUGUAAAGGAG